GGGGGCGGAGGUUAGUGAGCUGUCAAUCUCCAAUGCUUCGCGCUUGUAAAUGACGUCAUCACGCACGCGUCCGACCUGCCCUUGAAGCUACACUCGACUGACAAGAUGGUUGCAUACUGGAGACAAGCAGGACUCAGCUACAUCCGCUUCUCGGCCAUCUGCGCCAGCGCAGUGCGGGCCGCCCUCAAGCCGCAGGCGAAAAGUGAAGCCAUGAAGGCUGCAGAAGCCAGCGUCAAAGUUGUAAAACCCAAAACGGCAUAAUGUGAUCCUCUGGUGUAGCCCAUUCCCUCCUGUCCCUGUCUGCCAGAACCGUCUGACAUUUUUAUUUAGAGACCCCAAAAAGCGAUGGAUGACGUCAAGAUUGAUUUCUGCAACAGUACAGACAAAUGAAUUACUUACAUUUCCAGCACUGUUAUCAGUAAUUAAAACUGCAUUAAAGAAGAGUCAUGGGAAAGUGGA